AUGUCUGCUUCAACAAUUAAUUUCAGUCAGAAAGGUUUAUUAGCAUUGGGUGCUGCUAAUACCGUACAGAUUUUACGUGACCCCCAUUCCAUUCCACCGUCCAAUGCAUCAAAAAUCUUUGAAACCAUUUCACCUAAUGUUAACCGACGAGUAAUUUCGAAUGCUUAUCUUUCUCACUAUGCGGUUCAUCCAGUUUAUCGUGUACGCUUUUGUCCUUAUGAAGACGUUUUAGGAGUAGGUAGUUCCGCUGGGAUUUCAUCCAUUCUUUGCCCUGGGAGUGCCGAACCUAAUUAUGAUGGUUUAGAAGAAAAUCCUUUUGCCAAUAAACGUUAUAGGCAAGAAAGAGAAGUUAAACGACUUUUGGAUAAGAUCCCAUAUACAAUGAUUUCAUUAAAAUCAAUCGUUGGUGAAGUUCGUCGUGAAGACCUUUUAGAAGAAUGGGAAAAAAAGAAAGCUGUAUUACUUGGACAAGUUCCCAAAGUCGAUACACCUGCUAUUAAACGAAAUAAACAAAAAGGUAGAUCAAAACCUGGUCGAAUCGAGGCAAAAAAGCAAAAUAUACACUUUGAACGUAAAAUGUUUACUAUCAAAGAAGUUUUAGGUGUACGGGAAGCGGAAGAGAAGUUACGACGAAAAGUUUCUUACAAAAAAAUCAAUGAUAUAAGCACAUUACCGAGACCUAGUGAAGCUUUAGUAACAAAAAAGAAAUUAUCGAAAAGACGCACAAACACUGCUCUUGAUGUGUUGAUUCCACCAAAAGAAUUUUAA